GCACGUAGCGCAGCGCGCGUAGCGUCUGGCGUCGGUCUGUACCAGUACAAUACCACCAAUACCAUACUACCAUACAGCCUGCCAAUGCGAAUUGGUACUUCGUAACACUUGUCACAGUUCCGUUAACUUUAUUUUACGAGCAACAUAAAUCCAUGUUGCGAUUCAUGAUCCAAUGAUCCAACACAAUCCAAUCAUUUUCUGCUCUUUUCAAGCGCAUACUUGUGAUCGUACACAAUGAAGAUAGAAGUGGACGGGAUCCAGGUGUACUUUCCGUACGAUUACAUCUAUCCCGAACAGUAUUCGUACAUGCUGCAACUGAAGCAAUGUCUCGAUGCAAAGGGUCACGGGGUGCUGGAAAUGCCAUCCGGUACAGGGAAGACAACCACCUUGCUAUCACUGAUCGUAGCAUAUAUCAAGGCAUUUCCAAACCAUCUUUGCAAGUUGAUCUACUGCUCCCGGACCUUGCCGGAAAUAGAAAAGGUGGUCGAGGAAUUACGUCGCCUGUUGAACUUUUACCAGGACGAAACUGGCCAAGACCCGAACAUCUUGGGGUUAUGCCUGACUUCUCGGAAAAACCUGUGCAUCCACCCGGAGGUGAGCAAGGAAAGGGAUGGGAAAGUGGUGGAUGGGAGAUGCUACAGUCUGACUGCAUCUUACAGACGCACUUCUCAGAACUGUUGCGAGUUCUUUGAGGUAGAAAAGCUCUUAUUAAAUGGGACGUUUCCUAAUAGACAUUUUCUGCAGAACUACGACGGCAAUCAAGUCGUGCUACCUUCUGGAGUCUACAGCAUUGAUGAUUUGAAAGAAUAUGGUAGAAACCACUUGUACUGUCCGUACUUUGUGGCCAGACAAGCGGUGCGGUACGCAAACGUCAUCGUCUACAGCUACCACUACCUACUGGACCCCAAGAUAGCCGACCUUGUGUCCAAAGAGAUGGCCAAGAAUUCGGUCGUAAUUUUUGACGAAGCGCAUAACAUCGAUAAUGUCUGCAUCGAGUCCAUGAGUGUCAAGAUAUCGAGAAAAAACAUUGACACAGGAUCGCAGAACAUUGCCCACCUACAGAGCACAAUUCAAGAAUUGAGAGAGAAAGAUGAAGAGAAGCUGAAAGAGGAAUAUCAGCGUUUGGUCGAGGGACUCAGAGAGGCAAACAUUGCCCGAGAAGCUGAUGUCGUUCUUGCAAAUCCUGUGUUGCCGGAUCAAGUUUUACAAGAGGCAGUGCCUGGCAACAUUCGCACGGCGGAACACUUUGUGGCUUUUGUGCACCGCCUGCUGGAGUAUGUCAAGAUGAGGCUAAGAGUCCAACAUGUCGUUCAGGAAAGUCCAGCUGCCUUUCUGCGUGACAUCUUGCAGAAGGUGUGCAUCGAGCGCAAACCCCUGCGUUUCUGUUCGGAGCGGCUGCGUUCUUUACUGCGCACGUUGCAAGUCGUGGAUCCCACAAACUAUGCGCAGCUUAUGAAACUCUGCAACUUUGCUACCCUGGUCAGCACAUAUACAAAAGGUUUCACCCUCAUCAUUGAACCGUACGACGAGAAAUCGGUGCCAAAUCCGGUCCUUCACUUUUCUUGCAUGGAUGCCUCGAUAGCGGUUAAGCCAGUCUUUGAGCGUUUUCAAUCCGUCAUCAUUACAUCGGGGACAUUAUCUCCGUUGGACAUGUAUCCCAAGAUAUUGGAUUUCCGACCAGUAGUGACUGCCUCCUUUACCAUUACACUGGCACGGCCCAGCAUAUGCCCAAUGAUAGUGAGCAAGGGAAACGACCAAGUUGCCAUGUCAUCAAAGUUUGAGACACGCGAUGACAUAGCGGUGGUGCGCAACUAUGGCACCUUGCUGGUUGAAGUGGCCAGUGCCGUUCCAGAUGGUGUCGUCUGCUUCUUUACCUCAUAUAUGUACCUGGAAGGUGUGGUCGCCUCCUGGUACGAACAAGGCGUUAUCGACCAGAUUCAGAGGCGGAAGCUGCUCUUCAUAGAGACCCAGGAUUCCCAGGAGACCUCAUUGGCUCUUCUAAACUACAUCAAGGCAUGCGAGAAUGGACGGGGCGCCGUUUUGUUGUCUGUGGCACGAGGGAAGGUUUCCGAAGGUGUUGACUUUGAUCAUCACCUGGGACGUGCGGUGCUCAUGUUUGGCAUACCGUUUGUGUAUACCCAAAGCAGGAUACUCAGGGCUAGGCUCGAGUAUCUACGCGACCAAUAUCAAAUACGGGAGAAUGAUUUCCUGACGUUCGAUGCCAUGCGUCACGCCGCCCAGUGUGUGGGGAGGGCGCUGCGUGGGAAGACAGACUACGGCAUUAUGCUUUUUGCUGAUAAGCGGUUCUCGCGCUUUGAUAAGCGUUCUAAGCUUCCACGUUGGAUCCAAGAGUACCUAAAGGAUUCCUUGUGCAACCUCAGCAUCGAGGAAGCCAUGCAAGUGAUGAGGCGCUUUUUACGACAGAUGGCACAGCCUUUCACCAGGGAAGACCAGCUGGGACUGUCACUCCUCACAGCGGAACAGCUGCAAUCCCAAGAGAUGAGACAAAAGAUUGAGAGCAGAGUACAACUCCACUGACUGCUUUUUCCCUACAUUGUACAUAGUUGUAAAUAUCCUUCGCUCCUAACUUAAAUAAAACCUUGCACCGAGCUGACACAA